CCAGAAUAUUAAACAGAAUUCAACAGGCAAGGAUAUAUAUAACCGUCUGAAGUUAAAUUAACCAUAAAUCUACGGAUGCUUCUCUUAAAAUCCCGUCCUUGUCUUAUCGGUUAUCGGCUUAACAUUAUGAACCGACACCAACCGAUGCACGUCAUUCCUCGGCUUGCAAUGCCGCCGUGUCUAAGAUACCUUAAUAUACAAGGCUUCAACUUCCCACCACCAAUAUCGACUCAACGAUCACCAAUUGAUCUGCUCAAAAUGGCCCCUCGUCUCUCUCAACCCGUAGUGACCCUUCGUCUUCUCAGGCGUUACUACUCCUCUGCCACCGAACCUCUCAUCCGCGUAACGAACCUCCCCGCGCCAAACACCGGCCAUAUUCGUAUUCUUGAGCUUAACCGCCCGUCUGCGCGAAAUGCCAUUUCGAAGGCUCUUCUAGCGAACCUUCGCGCCGAGAUCGAUGCUGUGCAUAUUCAAUAUGGGCCCAAUGGCGAAGAACUGCCACUGCAGAAGCGUUUCGGUGGUGCAGCUGGUGUAGAUGAGAAGGGUCCUACGAGAGCUGUUGUGCUGGCUAGUGCUGUUGAUACAUCGUUUUGCGCUGGCGCGGACCUCAAGGAGCGUAAGGGGAUGAGUCAGGGAGAAACUGCUGAAUUUCUUACAAAUCUCCGCAACACCCUCACAUCUCUAUCCAACCUCCCCAUCCCUACCAUCUCGGCCAUCUCCUCAGUCGCACUAGGUGGCGGUCUUGAGCUCGCUCUCUCCACACACUUUCGCGUUCUCAGUUCCAAUGCAACAGUCGGUCUUCCUGAAACCCGUCUAGGCAUCAUCCCGGGCGCCGGCGGCACCCACCGUCUUCCCGCUCUUAUCGGCCUCUCCCGCGCCCGCGAUCUGAUCCUGACCGGCCGUCGCGUUGGAGCUCCUGAGGCAUACUUUCUAGGUAUUGCUGAUCGCCUUGUUGAGAUUGUGCCUGAGGAUGAGCGUGAUGGCUCAGAUGUUCUUGGCGAGGCCAGAAAAGCAGCGUUGAGUGAAGCUGUGAGACUUGCGCAGGAGAUUUGCGAAGGAGGACCGAUCGGUGUAAGGGCUGCUCUUCAGGCUGUUGCCUGGGCAAGGGAAGAGGUUGAGAACAAGAUGUAUGAGCGAGUCGUCAAUACCGAGGAUAGAAACGAAGCUCUCAAGGCUUUCCAGGAGAAGAGGAAGCCUAUUUUCACUGGCCGAUAAGGCAUAUUGAAGAGCUUGAGAGUCAAUAUCAAAACACGAGCAAUGUGGACAGUAUGAGUUUGUAUGAACAGUUGACAAAUUGGCCAUUAGAAACAGAUGGAGCCAACUUCAAGUUUUCUUUUUGCAACUCAUGACACAGUAUACAACGCCGUGUCUGCUAUUCUUUCUGUAUCUAUCUGAUCCUCUGGGUAUGCCAUCACCAAAAAAAUCCCACCCCAAAAACCUGUUAGUUGCAUGAACUCCGUUGAAUGGUUCUUUGGCUCAAUCGCGGGUUUAUCCCUUUCUACUACCUCUAUCCUUCUCACACCACGGAUUACGAUUUCUUUGUCUCUUCGUCCUCGGUAGCCUUCUUAAGCUUUUCUCUGGGCUUUGCUGCUUCGAUAAUGUGAUGUACCAUGCCGCGGGGCCAACGGUGCCGCCUGGCGUCAGCCGGAGGAUUUGUCUGAGGUUUCACCUUCAACUUAAUCCGUUUCUUAACCGCUCUGAUAGCGCGAUCGGGGUUUUCAAGCUCAGAUCUUUUGCACUCUUGAGCUAUUGUGUCACAGUCCUCAGGGGUUAAUUUUACAUGUAUCACAGGUUCUGUUUCGGGGUCAUCCAGAAAUUGCUUCUCAGAGGCAUGGAGCAAUUUUGGGGGUUCUGAUGUCCGAUCAUCAUUCUUGACAAGCUUCGGUCGUUUUGUGGGUGAUGUCGGAGCUUCAUACACAUCCGCUUCUGUAGAAGCACUAGCAUCAUCUUCGUCUGACAAAGAAAAUCGUUUAGCUGGGUUUUGAGCGCUUUGGAUUCCAGAGGCCACCGCCGCAUCCGUUUUAGCUGGGGAUGGCUGUUUGGACUGAACAGACGCUUGACCUUUUCUAGCCGACAAUCGAGAAGGUUCCUAGUCACUGUUUUGCUCCGAGUAUGCGGGCGGAAGCUCCUGAGAAGACUCUGAGGUCUUUAGCGGUUCGCUGUUGGUGACCGUGAUAUCUCCAUCGGCGUCAAGGUUUUCGAACGAGGUAUCUGAUGGUGGUGCUGGUCUUCGACGCCGAGGUACGUCGACGUAAGUCUCUUUAUCUUCAUCGCGGACGUAGCAAAGAAAGUAUGGCUCUCCACUGGUGCUCAAUGUGUUCAAAACUUCAUCCGUGCUGCGUCUGACCUCGACGUUGGAAUCAUUGUAUUUGCGCCAAACAUCCUGUUCAAAAUCGUAAAUCCAUACCCAAUAGUGACCAGACAUCAGCUGGCCACGAUGGCAUAUGACUGCAUGGAGCCGAUAUGGAUUGCUCUUCAACUUGGAGUAGUAGUUUUCCAGGGCUUCCUCCUUGUCUCUGAGCUCGGAAUCCAUCUUCUCCCGAAUGGCGGUUUCGGUGUCUUUGAUGUCUUUUGGCCUGGAAGGUAGACCAGCCGAGGUCACUGAGUUUACGCUGGGUCGGCCAACAAGAAGAUAGUCGUCAUCGACCGUACCAUCGAAACUCCAGUCCUCUUCCACGAUCUUCACACCAUCUGCCAUUUCACUGUCUUCUGUAACAGCUGCAAUACUGCCUUUGCCGUCCUCUUCUUGUCCAAUGCUCUCAAGGAUGGGUCCAGUUGGAAUCGUGCUCUCAACUGCAGCCUUGGAGGCUUUGAUGUCAGAUAUGCGGCUGUGGGUGGCCCAACUCUCGACUCUUUUUCUGAAGGUCGACGACUCGUGAGGGGCAUCCAUGUAUCGGUCGAGGUAUAAGAUUUCAGGAAUUAGUACCGGGUUGCCAUUCUUGCUACCCAUAGACUGCGACCGUUGAAUGAGUACGUGCAGAACAGGGGGUAGCGUCUUGAUGGCUGUAUAUCGUGAAAGCUUGUCUUCUUCGAUGAUUUCCUGGUCGAAAUUUCGGCCUAGAGCUUCGUAUAGUGAGCAUGAACCUUUGGGAGCGGGAAAUGCUGUAAUAGACCGAUCAAAGCUAAUUUCCUUUUGAUAAGUGUUGUCAUCAAACUUCUUGGUGUAAUUGAUGGUGGUAACGAAGAAAGUUUUCAUGAUCUCUUCAAAUUGAAUACCAGUUGACUUGUCAACGGAUGAUGGGCGUAUAGCGGCUUGAAGACGAUUGAUGAUGCUGCCCAUUACCUCUUCUACAUCCUGCUGGUCGGUGCCAGAAGACCUUUUUUGGUGUUCCAGAGCAGUCAGCACCUUCUGGUCGACCGUUUCUGGCUCCUCGACAUCCGGCAUGUUGACAUCAGUAGACUCAAUAUCCUGGGAAGUGCCGUUCUUCGGGUUUUCGACAGCCUCGGGAAUCUCCAUAGGCCUAUCACUCGUUCGGCUGAUUUGAACGACAUCCUCAUCUUGUCCAACCUCCAUCACUGUAUCAAUUACCUGAUCUUCAGUGGUAGUUGGAGAGGUCUCCACUUUGUCAUAAGAGCGGUCAGAAUCCUCUUCGACAAGUGUCUGCGAGCUGACGGUGCUAGCUGUAUCAACUGGGUCGCGGCUGUCAUUGGCGGUUACAGUAAUCAUCUCCACAUCGUUGUUCUCCUUUGCUGGGGGUCCAGGGGGCGGUCGAGUAGGAAGCGGUGGCGGCUGAGACUCAGUUGUUGCUUCAGCAGAGCUCUUCGUUUCUUUGAGGAGUGUGCCGGUGGACAAAAGGACAGCAUUAGCUAGCCUCUGAGACGGACGCGUUGCUAUCUUAUC